AUGAAGUGGGGGGUGUUUGUUUUUAUUUUCAUUAUUUGUUUUAAUGUUAUAAUAGGAAAUGAAAAUAUCAGAUUAAAAAAGUUAGAAUGCCAAGGAAUUUUUAUAAAUCAAGAAAAAGAUGAUAAAAUAAAUAUUUUAGAAAAUAAUUAUGAUAAUUCUUAUUAUAUUAUAUAUAAAAAUGGAAGUGAUGGAAUAUAUAAUUCAAAUGAACAUUUUAAUGGGUUAUCAAUUUUUUUAAAAAAUAAAAAAGAAAAAUAUGAAGAUAUUAAAAAAAGUAUAUAUUUGAGUUUCCUGAAAAAAAUAUAUUAUUCUUCUAUUUUGGAAUUAAAUUUUUUAAAAAAAAAAAGACAGCACAAUCAUUUUUUUAAGAAUUAUAAUAAAAUAAAUACUUUAUCAAAGGUUGUAGAAAUGUAUAUAUCAAUUAUAGCAAAAAAUAUAAAUGGAUUAUUUAUUAGUAAUAAAGAUUUAUUUGAAUUAUACAAGGGGUGUAGAAAUUUUAUAGAACUUGAUGAUAUCAAUAAAUUAAAAGAAUUGGAAAUAAACAAAAAAAAUAAUAGUGAAAACAAAAUUCAUAAAAUAUAUAAACAAUGUUUAUCCCAUAAAUAUAUGCUAUUGAAUUGGAUGAAUGAUGAAUAUCUCAAAAAAAAAAAAAAAUUUAAUAAUUUUAGUAACAUAUAUAUCAAGAAUGAUAAUUUUGAAGAAAUAGACUUAUGGUCAUUUUUGUAUGUGCCAAAAACCGAUUUAAUAAAAGCUCGUUUUUUAUUUUAUAUAAAAAUAUUUUUUUUUAAAAUUUUUGAAAAAAAAAAUAAAGGAGCUUAUAACCUUUUUAACUUAUUAAUAAAAAUGAAAAUAUUUAAAGAUAUAAAUAUAUCAAGUUUUGUAGAAAAAAUGACAAAUAUGAAAGUAAAUGAUCAAAAUAGACAAAAUGAAAUUAAGCAAAUUUUUCAAGUAUCCUUUAACAUGUAUACAAAAAAUUAUAAAACGAUUGAUAGUUUGCCAUUUUUUUUUUCAAAAUUUUCAUGUAAAGAUAAAAUAAAUAAGACAUUUUUUACAAACAGUUUUUUAAAUAAUAAUAUUUAUGGAUAUAUAAAUGGAGAAGAAGAUUAUAAAAUAAAUUAUUUCAAUUGGGUUUACAAAGUUGGAGUAGAAAAAGGGGUUUAUUUCUUAUCAUUCAUGUACUUGAAUAUUGGAAAUGUUGACUGGGUCGAUAAUUUUAGUGCUUUAAAGAAAAUGGAUAUGCACCGAAAUAAUCCAAGAAAGUGUAAUUUCCUUUUGAAUAAUGAAGUUAAUAAUAUUCCAGUGAUAUUCCGAGAUAAUCUAUUUUAUAACGACGAUUAUGUAAUAUAUAAAUCAGAAAAAUGUGAAUUAAUUUUAAACACAAGGAUAGUAAAUGUUGAUAUAUAUAAAGAAAUAAAAAAUGAAGGUGCUAAUAAAAAUGCAAAGACAAAUAUAGAUAUAAUAUAUUUAAAGAAAAAUAUUGAAAACAAUAAUGUAAUAAGCAUAGAAACAUGCAAAUAUAUAGUAGUUGAAAUGUUUUCUAACAAUAUUAUUGUUGAUAAAGAAAAAUUAAAUAAAGAAAUAGAUGUAACUUUUACAAAUACAGAAAAUCAUAAGGAUAAAUCUGUGCAUGCAAUAUCUAAAUAUUAUCACAAAACAUUAUUAAACGGUUUUGAAGAAAAAACAAGCCAUAAUUAUGAAAAUAAAAGUAACAUUCUUAUUCAUAAUAUUUAUUAUAGGUUACAUACAAACAUAAAUAAAAAAUUUGGGAUAAAUUAUAAACACAAUAUUAGCUGUAAAAAAAAAGAAACUGAUAAAAGUCGAAAAAAAUGUAAAGAUUAUUUUUGUUAUUAUAAUAUAGGGAUAGAAAAUAAAAUAAAACAAGUUAACAAUAAUGAGUCUAAGAAAUAUAAAGAAAUAAUGGAAAAAAAAAAAAAAUAUUUCACCGAUACUUAUUGCACUAAAUUUUCAUAUGAUAUGCCUAUCGGGACCAGAUAUAUAUCAACAUGUUAUUCAGAUAAAAUAAAGUAUAACAAUAAUAAUAAUGCUAAAGAUAAUAUAGAUUUAUGUACAAAUUAUGAUGUUAUAUUGAUUUCGAAUGGCAAAUUGUUUUUAAAUUGUAUCAAUCCAAAUGAAAUAAAUACAAACAUAAUGAAAAAUAAAAUAAUAAAUGUAAAAAAUAACAAAUUUAGCAUAUAUGCUGAUGUGGAAAAUGUGUAUAUAUAUGAGAAAGAAGACAUUAUAAUAACACACACACUAGACUAUUAUAUAUUUAUGAAUGAAAUUUCAUUUUUUCCUUUGUGCUAUAGUCCAAAUAAGGAUGUGAACAACCAUAAAGUUAAUCAAUAUGAUUAUAGUGAUGUUCUAAAUAUAAAAAAUUAUAUUUAUGCCAGACCAACAAAUAAUGGAAUGAAUAAAAAACAUAAAAUAUUUAAUUUUUAUAAAAUCUAUUCAAAUAAAAAAAUUGACAAUAAUGCUAUCGAAAUAAAUGAUUUGCAAGAAAUAAAUACUCCAACAUAUUAUGAUAUAGCUUGUAAACAGACUUAUUAUUCUGAUAUUUCUUAUAUUUAUUCUAUGCCCAGAGGGAAUGCAAAUUAUUAUUACAUUUUAUGCAUUUCUUCAUUUGUUUCGAUUUCCCUUAUUAUAUUUACUUUUUAUUUAUGUUACAAAUUUGCAUAA